AUGAGUUUGGAUGUUAUCAAACGAGCCGAUCCAACCGAUGACUACGAGUUAUUGCAGCGAGUGGGUUCGGGUACGUACGGCGAGGUUUACAAGGCUAAACACAUCAGGACAGGCGAAUUAUCUGCAGUGAAAGUGGUAAAAUUGGAAGCUGGUGACAAUUUUGCUGUUAUUCAACAAGAAAUUUUGAUGAUACGUGGUUGCGUGCAUCCGAAUAUAAUUGCAUAUCAUGGCAGUUAUCUGCGUCGUGAUCGACUAUGGAUCGUUAUGGAGUAUUGUAGUGGUGGCUCGCUUCAAGACAUUUAUCACAUGACUGGCCCUCUAUCAGAGCUGCAAAUAGCGUUUGUUUGUCGUGAAACACUGAAAGGUCUUCACUAUCUUCAUUCCAAAGGUAUGGUACAUCGGGACAUAAAAGGAGCAAACAUACUGCUUACCCAUUCUGGUGAUGUGAAACUUGCUGAUUUUGGUAUUGCUGCACAAAUUACCGCUACUAUUGGGAAACGGAAGUCCUUCAUUGGUACUCCGUAUUGGAUGGCACCAGAAGUAGCGUGUGUGGAACGUCGAGGUGGCUAUGGUGUAGAAUGCGAUGUUUGGGCUAUUGGAAUUACAGCAAUUGAAUUAGCCGAAUUACAACCUCCGCUAUUUGAUUUGCAUCCUAUGCAAGUUCUGUAUCUUAUGACAAAAUCAUCAUAUAAAUCCCCAACACUUAAGGAUAAAUAUAAGUGGUCACCAUUCUUCCACGAUUUCAUUAAACAGUGUUUAACGAAAAAUCCGAAAAAGAGGCCAACUCCAGAAAAGCUCUUAGCUAGUCACCACUUUGUCCUUGGUGCGCUUUCCUCUCGAAUGACGCGCGAUUUGCUGGAUAAAGUUAACAAUCCUGGUGGCGUAGCUUCCGCUUCCAUAUUUGCUCGACAAUUUUCCGCAGUGUCUACGGAUGGUGACGACGAGGGCGAGAUAAUGACAAUAUCGCGAAUUAAAUCACGUGGUCGUGCGUGUCCGCGUGUUGCGCGGGACGCAAUACGUGUGUGUGACGAUGCAAAUGCACUUAUGGCACGAAUUUGGGGAGAGCCAUCAACUUCUGAAGUCUCCGUAGCGAAUUUAGGCCGACGUUAUCACGAGGAUCGUACACUUCCUGCCAAGGAACAUCCACCAUUACCAGAUGUUGUGCAAGCCUUGUCGUUGCUUAAUGAUAAUGAUGGCGUUAUACAUGAUAUAGAUGAUGGAACCUUUUGUUCGUCAGAACAGAUUAAUGGUUCUUCGGGUUCCGAUUUUUUUGUACCCCAACGUCCGCCACGUACUAAACAGCCAAUAAAGCGAUGCUCAUCGCUCGAACUACCACAUUCCGAUCCAUAUUUAAACGAGCAAGUUAGGCAUCGGAUUAAUGGCUGUGCAAGUUAUGCUCUUCAACGACCUCAGACCUGUUUCGGAUUGCCACCAACACCGAAGGUCGCUAUGGGUGCAUGUUUUUCGCUUGUAUUCCAUGAUUGUCCGUUACAUAUAAAUAGUACUGCAACAUGGAUUCAUCCCAAUACUUCACGACAGUUUUUGUUGAUUGGCGCAGAAGAAGGAAUUUUCACCUUAGACAUGGAUGAAUUACAUGAGGCAGCAAUGGUUUUGAUACACAAACGGCGUUGUUCAUGGUUGUAUGUGCAGAAAAAUAUUCUGAUGGCUGUGCAAGGAAGAACUCCCUACCUUUAUCGUCACGAUUUAGUUGCUUUAUCACAGCGAAAUCUUACACAGAGGAUAUCAAAACCGAUGAAUAAAAUUCCUGAGAAGUACCUACCAAAGAAACUUGCUAUAACCACGCGUUUACCCGAAACGAGAGAUGUUAUCCACUGCAAUGUAGCUCGAAGUGGUGUAAAUGGUAAUGUAUACCUUUGUUGCGCAACGCCGUCUGCUGUAAUAUUAUUCCAAUGGUACGAACCAUUGGCUAAAUUUCUAAUGCUGAAAACAGUCGAGAUGCGCAUUCCUCAUCUCCCGCUUCGACCGUUUCAGUUGAUAUACUCUGCGGGAACAGAUUCUGACUUUCCGAAAGUUUGUUUGGCAGUAUACAAAGGGGUAGGACGUAAAUUUCACCUCCAUUAUGUAAAUUUUAAUGACGAAAAUGUGCAUUGUGAUUUGGAUGGACAGGAUCGAACAGAAGCAGUUUGUCUUAAUGUUGUAGCAUUAAAACAAGUCAACAGAGAUGCAUUAUUAUUGUGUUAUGAAAAUCGAUGUGUUGUGAUUAAUCAAAACGGAGUUGUGAAAUCAUCUCGCCUUUCGCCAGCACAAUUCAAAUUUGGUUUUCAAAUUGAAAAUCUUGUUUCGCUCUCUGAUUCAAUUCUUGCUUUUUAUCCACAUGGCGUACAGGGUCGCGCGUUUGUUGAUGGUUCAAUUACACAAGAUAUCAAUGAUCCGAAUAAUGUAUAUCAAGUUGUAGGAAGCGAUAAAUUGGUAGUUUUAAAACGGAGAGAAACAUCUGCAGCCGGAGAUUUGUGUGAUUUAUGUAUACUUACUGGGCAUGAGAGUACUCUGGCUGGCUAA